AUGGGCGCAGUUCCUAGUUGCGGUAGCGGAAUGUACCGCGCUGUCUGCACAAGACGUGCAGGCUUUGAACUAGAUUUCAGUGGGAACGGUCUUGACGACGAGGUAGUAGUUGACCAGACUUCACCGCUAGUUUUAGGCCGAAACGGCCUGCUUGGACGGCAUGUUCGUCAUGGAGGGGUGCUGUCUGGCAGGCUUGGUGUAGAUAGAAUCACCGUCGCGAGGGAAACCAGCCCAGACCGGGAGCUCCAAACUUCGCUCACGCUACGACACCCCCUCUGGAAUAAUGCGUUUGGCACUCCACUAGUUGGCAAUCCUACGUCGAACUUGUCAUCUCUCACAACGUGUGUACCUCUACGCGCAGAUCGCGAUUUUGUGUUUCUUUUCAAGGUGUGGUGUAGCACCAUUGGAAGAGACGACCUUACUGAAAAAGGCGUGCAGUGGAUAAGGCGGAAUUAUCGCGUAUGCGAUAUUCAUUUUGAUGAAAAUUCCAAAUUUGUCUCCUGUCAUAACCGAACAAAUUUAAAAGUGGGCAGUAUACCUAAUCUACAACUACCAGCAUCAACAAUAACUCCGUCUGUGAACAUGGCAGUCAAUGUGGUAAUUUUACCUACAAACAGGAGUCAAGAACAACAGCAGUCAGUUCUUGAUGAAAAUGCACUGCUAUUCACAUCAGAUGAAACACCUGUGCUUGAAACAACCACACAAGGCGUUGUCCGCACAAGAGAAUCGAUACUAAAGAAACGAAGGAAUUUAUUACUGGAAUUAAAUUUACGGAAAAGGGCGCAACUUACACCAAAAGCAGCAAAGCUGUACAAAAUUGCAAGUGAAUACCGACAUGUGGCCAAAAAACUACAGUCAGAUGUGGAAAGCAACAAAGAAAAGUUGCAGACCAUUAUCCAGCAAGUUGAAAAUGGAGCUGUUUUUGGUGAUAGGAUUAAUAAUGCAACAUUUAGAUUUAUUAGAUCGCAGAUUUUGAGGCAGAACAAAGCACCACGAGGACGACGAUACAGCCGUGAAGACAAGAUAUUUGCAAUGUCUUUAUUAAAACAUGGUGGUACCAAUAUAAUAUCUUUAAUCUGUGGUCAUGAUGACUGACGUAAGUAUUGUCAAAUUUAAUUUAGCUUCGAACCUGCCAUCGAUUAGUUAUUUUAAUGAAGGUAAACUAAUAUCCCUUUUCCAAGAUGGGAUGUCGCUACACUUUCGGGCUUAUCGCGGACUAGUGUUAGUUAUCGUAUAAAAAAAUGUUUGCCCCUUUAUGUCAAAAUGACAAAAAAAGGUUAGAAAGAUCUAAGGGCUAAUUUAGAGUUUUUUUCUGUCAAAGAAAUUGGGUGGACGAAAUUCACUGUCCACGACCGUACAUAUUUAACGAUUAAAUUAAAAUUGUGUUGUCAAAAAUGACAAGUCAAAACCUUUUAUGAUGUACCAAAAUUUUUUAUCGGAAUAAUUUUUAUUUUUUAAAGCAUAAAUUAACAAUUUUCUGCAAAAAGUUGUGGUGGAACUUAAAGUAGAACCCUAAAGUUAUUUUCACCGCAAAAAUCAUCUCUGUGUUUUCACCCUAACAAAAGUUUACAUGGGGUCUAAAAUUUAACAUGAGAAUUCCUAUUGUCACUUAAAAAAAAAAUGCACAGUAUGCACUGCAAAUCACUCGUAUUUAUACCAAGGUUUGGAAUAUUCACAUUUCAAUUUUCGUACCGAAAUGAAACCUUCGAUUCUGGGUACACUUCAAGUAAUCAAAGUUAUCUCUGUCCAUGGUUCCGCCGACGAGG